AUAAACCUCAUAGUUUUAGAGAAUCCGAGAGAAGAAGGGGGAAAAGUUCCUGCUAUCGUGUGACCAAACAGGACAUUGAACCUGUCUGCAUUUCAUUAAAGCGGGUAGUGUAUGCUGUGUCGGCACUCACACAUCGACCAUGGACGGCUGUCCUUCCACUCCGCUGUUCACAUUCGGAGUGAUAGCAGACAUUCAGUACGCGGACCUAGAGGACGGGUUCAACUACAGCCGGACGCGCAAGCGGUUCUACCGGAGCAGCCUACAGCUGCUAAAGAACGCCCAGAGGAGUUGGGCAGAGUCCGCUGUCAGACCCGAGUUUAUCCUCCAGCUGGGAGACAUUAUCGACGGCUUCAACAAGGGCCACGGCGCGUCUGAGCGGGCCCUUGACACCGUGCUGAGGGAGUUCUCCGGGCCCGCGGAGGUCCACCAUGUGUGGGGCAACCACGAGUUCUAUAACUUCAGCAGGAGCGCGCUGCUGCGUUCACGACUCAACAGCAGCGCGCUGCACAGGGACCUGGACCUGAGCGGGGACGUCUACGCCUACAGCUUCAGCCCGGCCCCCGGAUUCACGUUUGUCGUGCUGGACGCCUAUGAUGUGAGCCUGCUGGGCAGGGAGCCGUCCAGUGAGCAGUACGGCCAGGCUAUGGAUCUGAUAAAACUCUACAACAACAACGACGACCUGAACUGCCCCCCAGUUUUGGAAGGGCUGCAGCGGAGGUUCACCAUGUUCAACGGGGGCUUCGGUCAGGAGCAGCUGGACUGGCUGCAUGCUCUUCUGACCGCCUCUGAUGACAAAAGAGACAGAGUUACAAUCGUCAGUCACGUCCCUGUGCACCCCGGCUCCACAGACCCCAUCUGCCUGGCCUGGAACUACGAGGAGCUGCUGGCCGUCAUCCGGGCCCACAGCAGCGUGGUGUGUUACAUGGCCGGACACAGCCACGACGGGGGGUACUGUCAGGAUAAAGACACGGGCGUACACCACGUGACGAUAGACGGGGUGAUCGAGACCCCCCCUGACAGCGAUGCCUUCAGCACCGUCUCUGUGUAUGCAGACAGGAUGGUGCUGAAAGGGGAGGGGAGGGUGGAGGAUCGAGUGUUUCUAUUCCCAUCAUAAGGAUACAGUUCACACCUCACUGAGGCUGUCGGGACGUUAUGACAGGGAUUUUAUGGACUGGGAUAUUUCCAGAGUGUUUAUUAUUCUCUGGGGGUCAGGUCCCUUUACAAGAAAGACAAUCUCCCAUCUCGUAGCGUUAGGCUUUCCAUGAUUUUCUCAGAUGAAUAAACAUUAACACACUUCAGUCAUGGAA